CUGGUGGCCCGCCCCGAUGUGGUGGAGAUGCAUGAUGUGACGGCACAGGAUCCCAAGCUGCUAGUCCACUUGAAGGCCACCCGCAACUCUGUCCCUGUGCCCCGCCACUGGUGUUUCAAGCGCAAAUAUCUCCAGGGGAAGAGAGGCAUUGAGAAGCCGCCGUUUGACCUGCCGGAAUUCAUUAAGCGCACGGGGAUCCAAGAGAUGAGGGAAGCCCUGCAGGAAAAGGAGGAACAAAAAACCAUGAAAUCCAAAAUGCGGGAGAAAGUCCGUCCGAAGAUGGGCAAAAUCGACAUCGAUUACCAGAAACUGCACGAUGCCUUCUUCAAAUGGCAGACGAAGCCAAAGCUGACCAUUCACGGCGAUUUGUACUACGAGGGCAAAGAGUUCGAGACGCGUCUGAAGGAGAAGAAGCCGGGAGAUCUUUCGGACGAGCUGCGCAGCGCGCUGGGGAUGCCCGUUGGGCCGAACGCCCACAAAGUUCCCCCUCCGUGGCUGAUCGCCAUGCAGCGCUAUGGCCCACCGCCUUCCUACCCCAACCUGAAAAUCCCGGGUUUGAAUUCUCCCAUCCCAGAGGGGUGCUCGUUUGGAUAUCACGCCGGAGGUUGGGGUAAACCACCUGUGGAUGAGACAGGGAAGCCUCUGUAUGGAGAUGUCUUUGGGACCAAUGCUGCUGAAUUCCAGGCUAAGACCGAAGAAGAAGAGAUAGACCGGACCCCUUGGGGGGAACUGGAGCCGUCCGACGAAGAAUCCUCAGAGGAGGAAGAAGACGAGGAUACCGACGAAGAGAAGCCAGACGAGACAGGCUUCAUCACCCCUGCCGAUAGGUCAGGCUCUGUCU